AUGGCAGGGGCGAUAUGCUGGUACAAUCGGCUCUUGGCGCGUCGACCCUGGCUCGUACUCGCCGCCGUGUUCUGUCUCUCGACGCUCUGCCUCGUGCUGCCCUUCGCCAUCGAGGAGAAGCUGCCGGACUUCUCCGAUCCGCAGAUCGGCUUCGAGGCACGGGGCACUCCGCUGGCCCAGCGACUUACCGCCUGGAAGAAUCUGAUGGAGUCGUCGGGUCCGCGCGGCUACUUCUCCAUCAAUCCCCUCGAGUACUACUACUACCUUCAGGAUCUGGACAGUCGCGAGAAGAGCAGCGGAGGUGGUGGUAAUCGGAAGAACGGCAACGAGACAUCGGCUAGUCACGCGAAGCGGCACAGGCACAAGAAGCAACAGCAGCACCUGAAGAACAAGAGAAAGCACGAGCGUGAGUUGGCCGCGAGCAAGGAGCAGCUGAGCGCCGAGAUGGAUCGCAGCUCGGAGAAUCAGAGUCAAGUUAAUAAUUCCGCGCAGCCGAGCAGGGAGGAGGACGAGUUCUUCUGCAACAAUCCAACCCCCGAUUACUCCAAACUCGUCGUCACUUCGCUCAACGAGGAGUUCAACGCCUGGUCGCUCGAGGCCAUCCAAGCCCAGUGCGAAAUCGACCGCAUCCUCCGCUCCAGUUCCCCUCACUUCAGCUCCCUCUGCCAGCGCAAGCUCAAAUCCUCGGAACUGUGCUGUCGCACCUGGUCGCCGGCCAAUUACAUCGCCCUGCUGGCCAACAGGACCAGCUGCGAGUCCGUGACCGGCCAAGACGUCCAGCUGGUCCGUGCGCUGCUCGAGCGAUGCGCCUUCUUCUAUCGCAAGGGCGACCUCACCUCGGACUGCACCGAGAAUCUCACCUGUCAGCUGCGCGUCCCCACCCAGUGCCAGCCCCACAACGCCGUCUAUCAUCUGCUGCACUAUCUGCUGGACGCCGAUUAUCUCGGCCUCGUGGACAACGCCACGAACGAGCAUCUGGGCGCGGCCCUGCUGAUACUGCCGGUGGCGGCGAGCUCCGCCGCGCUUGACUACUACGCGGACCUGGCUCGGGCCAAUCUGACGGCGGGUGAUUUUCACGUAGCAGCUAUGGAUUUCGGCCUCAAGAGCACGCUGUUCGAUCGGCUGCUGGUGGCUGACUCGGUCUAUCUGCUGUUCGGCUUCUGCUUCGUCACCGUCUGCAUCUGGUUCUACACCGAGUCCUGGAUCGUCACCCUGUCCACCCUGCUGAUCGUCGUGUUCAGCUGCGCCAUAUCCUACGCGAUCUACGCCCUGGUCCUCGGCAUCAAGCUGUUCCCCUUCAUGAAUCUGCUGACGCUCGUCGUCGCGGUGGGCAUCGGCAGCGACGACACCUUCAUCUUCUGCAAGCUCUGGGAGUGCAACAGACUGAAGCGCGAGAACAACAACGAUAACGAAGCGAAUCUGCUGCAGCUCGUCGACGCGACGAUGAGACACGCGGUGCCGUCGAUACUCGUGACCUCGCUCACCACCUCGGUGGCGUUCUUCGCGUCGAUCGUCAGCAACGUCACCGCGGUCAACUGCUUCAGUCUGUUCUCGGGCAUGACGGUGAUCGUCAACUUUUUCCUCAUGAUCACCUGGUUCCCGGCGAGCGUGGUCGUGGCCGAGCGCUGGCGCAAUUACGAGCUACUGCCCGCCGGCGCCACGACUUGGCUGAGCCGCUGGAGCCGAUUCAACGCGUUCAGGUACCUCAAGAUCGGCUGCGAUCUCCUGAUGCGAGCCUUCUCCUACCUGCUGGCGAAAACGGUGAUAAUCUUCAACGGGGUGUGGUUCGCCCUGUUUCUCAGCCUCGGCCUCGGCUGCUGCUUCGUCGUGUUCGUCUGUCCGGGCCUGCAGCUGCCCGACUCCCAGGACUUCCAGCUGCUGGCCUGGUCGCAUCCGUUCGAGCAGUACGACCUCGUCUACGCCAAGCGCUUCUGGUUCGAGCGAUCGCGCAACGACGACGCCAGCUACGUCCUGCCCAUGCGCUUCGUCUGGGGCGUGCUGCCCCGCGACACGGGCAGCUAUCUCGAUCCGCGCUCGCGCGGCGAGCUCGUGUUCGACGAGGCCUUCGACGUCGCCACGCCCGAGUCGCAGCUCUGGCUCUCGGCGUUCUGCCGGAGUCUGCGAGCGCAGCCGUUCUAUCAGAGCACCCUGGGCCCGCUGCUGCCCAACUGCUUCGUCGAGUCGCUGCAGGCCUGGAUGGAGCGCAGCUGCGAGGACCCCAUCGAUCCUACCAUCGAUUACUCGCCCUGCUGUCGCAGCAACGCCUUCCCCUACGAGCCCGACGUGCUCAAGCACUGCGCCGCGAGGAUCACCGCCGAGAUCAAUCGCACGCCCACGCAUCUCUGGAAUUUUCGCUCGUCCGGUGGUGGCUCCACCCUCGCAGCUGGACUGAAAUUUCGUAAACAGAACGAUACCUUGAUGAAGAUGAUGUACGAGAGCCGAGCGAAUCUGAGCAGCCUCAAUCAGGCCAUACCGGACAUCAAGGUGGUGGUGGUCGAGUACGACAGCACGUUCAAUUACAGCCUGUCGUUCGCCGAGAUGGACAGCUUCUACACGCAGGUGGAGUCGUGGAUGCAGCUGCAGCUGGCCAAGGCCCCGCCGGGCAUGGCCAACGGCUGGUUCGUCAGCUAUCUGGACUUUUACGAGUUACAGCGCACCCUGUAUCACGGCACGAUCUGGGCCAUCGUCGUCUCGAUGGGACUGGCCUUCACCGUGCUGGCCUUCGUCACGCUCAAUCCCCUCGUGAGUCUGUUCGCCAUGGUGGCGGUGGGGGGCUCGAUCUGCGUCACCGUGGCCUGCCUCAUCCUUGCCGACUGGAAGUUGAACGUGCUGGAGAGCGUGGCGGUGUCGACGGCCAUCGGCCUCGCCGUCGACUUCUCGCUGCACUACAGCGUGGCGUAUCGAGCGGCGGCGACCACCGCGAAGACGCGAGUCGCUCGGGUCGAGGCGGCUCUCAGGCAGAUGGCCGGGCCGACCCUGAUGGCGGGCCUGACGACCGGUGCCGCCGGCGCCAUGAUGCUGCCCUCGCAGGUGCUGGCCUACGUGCAGAUCGGCGUCUUUCUCGUCACCAUCAUGUCCGUCAGCUGGCUCUACGCCACCUUCUUUCUCUGCUCGCUGCUGACGUUCUUCGGGCCCACGGCCCAGUUCGGCCAGUUCAGCUUUCCGAAGGCACUGCGACCUCGAGCCUCGUCCCAGGUGGAGUUCGAGGAGAUCGACGCUGGAAUUCCGAUGACGGAUAUGAGGAGGAGCGAGGCCGAGGUGCUGCCGAUCGAAUCGCUGCCUCUUCGGCGGGACGAAGACGACGAUGCUGCUGCCGAGCUCGCGAUCAAAGACGCGAACGUCUGCGUGACCGAGGUACUGCUUCACGCUCCGCCGGCGAAAAUCGAGGAAGAGAGUAGUUGAUGAUAAUCGAAUGCCUAUUGUACAAUAAUUCGCUCAACUAAAAGACUGAAUUUAUAUCGAACGAGAUACUUGCCUUAUAUGAUGGACUUCAAUUUUUUUUCAUGUACAAAUGUUGUUAUAAUGCUAGACCGAGAUAUUUUUGUGACUAUUUUGAUAAGAGUAAGUUAUACUAUUGUAAACGAUAAGACGUAAAUCUAAGAUUAUCGAUUUAAAAAUUAUU